GUGAAAGUGAAAGUAAAGUGUGAAACUCCACCACCCUUUUCCUCCGUUAUUUCUAGAACAGACGUCGUGUUACAUUCUGUUCGUUGACAAAUUAGUCUUUCAACUGUUUUGGUUUAUUUUUCUAAACUCCUAAUAGUUUAAUUGACCAGUUACAAACAGCUUUACCUUGGAGUCAGACUUGUUUUGUUCGUGAAAUGAAGACUUUUCCGACCUCGGCGGUCUGGUGUUUUGGGAUUCUGUUCAUCAGUGUUUCAUUGAUAACGACAGGGUCGUCUGAGGUUCAGGUUGUUGGACCGGCUGACCCAGUCGUUGCCUUAGCUGGUGAUGACAUCAUUCUACCAUGUUCCCUGGAACCCAAUGUCAGUGCUGAGGACAUGACAGUGGAAUGGACAAGAUUGUACCUGAAAACAAACGUCCAUCUUUACCUUGACGGUCGAGACUCCAAUGAUGAGCAACAUCCAUCCUACAGGGGAAGGACAUCAAUGUUUCAUGAAGAACUGAAGAAAGGCAACGUCUCCUUAAAGCUGACCAGAGUUACUCUCUCUGAUGCUGGAAGCUACAGGUGCUUCCUUCCAACACUGACCAGCCAGGUGAAGGAAACCACCAUUCAACUCCUUGUUGGUGCUGUAUCUCAGCCAGUGAUCUCUAUUGAUGGAACUAAAGACUGGGGGGUGGUCCUGAAGUGUGAGUCUGGAGGCUGGUUUCCUGAACCUGAUAUGGAGUGGCUGGACAGUUCUGGAACCAACCCCCCCGCUGAUGGACCUCCAGAGAAACACAGGGACUCAGAGGGCCUCUACACUGUGAGACAACAUGUCACCGUGGACAAGACUGACACCAACAUGUUCACCUGUAGAGUUCACCAGACGGAGAUCAACCACCUGAAGGAGACAGAGAUUCAUGUCCCAGAUGACGUGUUUCCUAAAUCACAAGUAGAGUUGAUUAUUGGUCUAAUAGCAGCAGCUGUUGUAGUUCUUGCAGCUUCAGCUGGUGUCUACAUGUGGAGAAAAUAUACUGAAGAGAAGAGAGAACUACUGGAACAACAAGUGAAGAACUUGAAAUUGAUUAGGGAAGUGAAGCGUGAUGCCCUGGUUGUGGACAUUCACAGGGUUCACCUCAGUCAGAAUGUUACCUUGGUGAUUCCCAUAGCAUUUUUCUUGAUCCGUUCUGAGAGGUACUAUGAGAUCCAUGCUGCCAGGACCAGACAGGACCAGAUGAAACUGUUGUACCAGGCUCUAGAAGAAGCAGAAGACACAAGACGGAUGAAAUCAGACUUUUACCGGAUUCUACUGGAUCUGGAACCUGAUCUUCUCAUCGAUCUGGGUGCCACAUUUGUGGACGUCAAUAAGGAUCAACUCAUUCAGAAGGUUACCAAGGUGAAGCCCAUCCUUCUUGAGCUGUUCUAUGAGAAGUUGUACUGUAACACCAGGAUCCACCAGAUGACCAGCCAGGACCAGAUGAGACAGUUGUACCAGGCCCUAGAAGAAGCAGACGACCCAAGAAGGGUGAAAUUAGACUUUUACAGGAUUCUACUGGAUCUGGAACCUGAUCUUCUCAUCGAUCUGGUGAAGAACUUGAAAUUGAUUAGGGAAGUGAAGCGUAAGUAG